AUGAGCGGAUUCUCCAAAAUCCUGCCAUCUGCGCAAAAAAUCCGAGCUGCGAUUCAAAAGGGGAGGAAGACCGGCGCGAAAGACAAGGACCGAUCCCAACGCGACAUUCCGGCGUCCUCGUCUUCGCUUGGUCUAGACAAUGCCAAUCCUUUGCCGCCGUGGGGCCUCCCCGUCGAGAUCCAAAUCUUAAUCUUCGCCCACUGCGGGACCGCCGAUUUUCUCCCUCUAAAGCUAGUCUGCAAGUCCUUCAACAAGGUCUUGACCUCUCACGAACAUGGCAUCGUUCGCUUAUACCUCCGCCGACACCGCCAUGGCAGCCUCCCCUCACCCAUUGACAACGAACGUAUCUAUACCCGGAACCCCGAAGAUGAUGUGGUCCUCCUGUCCGACUUAUUCCCCCCGUCCAAAAGCGCCCGAGGUGGUCACUUGUAUACAUUUCGAUACCUAUGGACUUUGCGACAGAGGCAAAAGCUUUGCUCGCGAUUAUGCUAUUACCUCGCAGACAGGGUGAUGGAUCGAUUUGUACAGACAGAGCCGCUUUUCAAUAGAACUUCCUUUCCAACGAAGAAGACCGAGCGAACAGCACUGGUGAAGCGAGGUAAAGCUAGCUUAUGGUUUCAUCUUUCACCAUUGAUGUAUUACACGUUAUACUACCUCGAGUCGUACGCCUCUGCUCGUCGCGAACACACCAACAUGCUGCUUCGAGAAUAUGAAGCCGGCAACCUCUCUGUCCCAGUACCGCAAGCCAUGCGUCAAAAAAUGUAUCGGGAACUUCAAAGUCGAAUUCUUCGAGAACCCCCCUUCACCAAUACCGCGGCUCUCAUUGCGACCCAUCACUGUAUCCAUUUACUGGUGUCAUAUAUCCGGUACACUAUGGCAUCCGAGGGGGAGCCUGACGACUCCUGGAUCAGCUCUCUUCUCACAGUGUCACCAUUUGCUCGGAUUGUCGAAUUCUUCUCCGCUGAGAUUGGCGACGGGGGUAAUCAGCGAAUGCAGCGCAAAGAAUUCAUGUACAAUUUCUACCAUGACAUGAACGCGCACGAAAAAGAUCACAUGAAUUCCAAGGUCUGGGGUCGGGCUUCUGGCCGGAACGCGCAGAAUACGCAUAGUUCUGUGCGCGAUCUUUGGUUUGAUGCCGCCAAGGCAGAACUCGCGUCUAGAAACGCGAUUCCUCAUGAAAUAGAGAGCGUUUGGCGCUGGAAUGGAGUUCCAAUUCUGUUUGGAUGCUCGGAUUGCCAUCGCACGCAGGGAUGGAGAGCAUAA